AAAAAUGUUUUAGUUUUUGUUAUAAAAUUUUGUAAAGUGAUUUUUUCUUCUUCACUGAUGUGCGCUAAUGAGGCUGCACUGAUGGGCACUGAUAGGCUUCACUGAUGGACACUGAUGAGGAGGCACUGAUGGGCACUGAUAUGUGGCAUUGAUGUGCACUGGUAGGCACUGAUAGUCACUGGCACGAGGCACUGACGGACGCUGACAGG